AUGGCAACUGGUGAUUUAAAAAGAAGCUUACGAAAUCUAGAACAAGGAAUUCGAUUGCUUGGUUAUCCUAGAGAGGUGGAUUAUUCAGGUUUAGUAAAAGGAGAUCCUGCUGCAUAUUUGCCUAUUAUCAGCCAUUCCCUGACUUCAUAUUCAACUUAUGUAGCAGAAUUUUUGGUGAUUUCCAAUACAGAACUCACAGCAAAGAAUGAUUAUCGAUUCAUUGAUUCUGUCUAUAAGCUUCUUCGAGAUAAAUUUCACUAUAAACCAAUUUUGACAAAAAAGCAGUUUUUCCAGUAUGGGUUCGUAGAGUGGAAGAUACAGAUUGUCUGUGAUAUUUUGAAUUUAGUGAUGAAAAAACACAAGGAGCUAUGUAACCUAGAUAAGACUGUAAUCCAGAAAAAGAAACGUCCUAUCAAGCCAGUAUCUUUUUUAAAUUUUGAGAAAACUCUUGUAGAACCUGUUGUUCCAGAUUUCACAUUCAGGGCUCUGCCUUCAGAGCAGAAAAAGCCACUUGUGGAACGUCACCCAAAUAGUGAAAAUUUGUCUCACCUACUCUUUUCUGAAAUUGAAGAUAAUGAAAAUUUUAAUGAACCUGGAAAAGAUGUUAUUGGAAUCACUUGUGAAUCACAAGACACAGAACUUAAUGCUAAGAUUGAAGAUCUUCGGAGUAUGCUUGCUGAAUGCCAAGAAAAACUUAAAAAACAGAUUUUGAUAGAGGAUAAGUUACGUUAUUUGGAAGAACAACUGAAAGGAAAAGUGAUUAUGCAAGAACUGGAAUCUGAUGUUAAUUCUGAGAUUGCAGAACUACGGAAUAUUCUUGCUGAAUGCCAAGAAAAACUUAAAAAACAGACAUUGAUUGAGGAAAAGUUACAUUAUUUGGAAGAACAACUGAAAGGAAAAGUGAUUAUAGAUGAAAUGGUUUGGAAUAAUCUUUUAAGUCGUGUCACCCUCCUUGAAACAGAAAUGCUUUUACAUGUUAAAAAGUAUGAUGUACCUUCAGAUACUCUUGAUUUGAAAGAAGAUCACAAGUAUAGCAGGAACAGGGUUCUUUCAUCUCCUGGUAUCGAAUAUCCUUAUCACUUGGGAGGAUUCACUCACAACAACUUAUUACUUGAAGGAGGAAAAAAUGACUUGGCUGCUGAAAAAGAGCCUGAUGCAGCUAAAGGAAUAGAAGGUGCAGGAAGAUGGGUAUAUGACCCUGAGCAAGUUACAACCCCAUUGCCUAGCCUUUGCCACUCAUCUGCUUUGGAACUGAUUCUUAGUGUCUAUUCUAAGACAGAAGAUAGAAAAAGGAGGGAAGAUAUGCCGGAGAGUCUCCUUGAGCAGUCUGGAUACAGCUUACUGUUAUCUGCAGAUUCCUCUCCCCAACCCAGUACUAUUAAUUUCUUUGGUUUGACAGAGACUUCAAAGGAGACAACAAUGGAGAAAAUAGAAAGGAUAAAAAAAAUGUUUCAAGAAACUGCUGACUUGUUGAAAUAUUCAAAUAACUCCUCUUAGAAUUUCCUCCAUGGACUUCUGAGACUCAACACUGAACAUUUUCCUUAUUUUAAGACUUAUUUGUACAGUUUAAAAUAUAUUGAUAUUGCUACAUUAAGAAUUCCAUUUGGUGUAUUCAUUAUGGAAGAAAUAAUUUAUUUCUUUUGAACUGUAAUUACACUACUUUACUGUGUUUGAGCUUUUCGUGAGGAAAAUAUUCCUGUUGUUCCAGUAGAUUUCUUUUGCAGAGUGAAGUCAUUAUAGCAGUGUAUUUUUGUGUUGACAUUUGUUGGCAGUGUGCUAAGUAAUAUGUUUUUUAAAGUGCAGGCUUGAGGACCACAGUUUACAUCCUGUUGGAAACACUCCAACGGGGACUUGCAUAUUGCACCCAAGAGAUUUUCAUGCAUACCAUUUUGCCAUCUGUGUAGUCAAAUAAGUUGUAAUGAGAAGUUAAAUGUACACAUUGAGAAUGAAAAUGUUUUUAUUUUUUAAAAUACAGCUUUUCUUUUUCAGCUUAGUAGAAAAGUAGUGAUGCAUUAGAUUCUCAAUUAACUUUGAAAAAGUGAAGGUCAGUGUGAUCUCCCACUUCUAUAUUUGUGUGUAGGUCUGAAGUCUUACUGUGAAAAAGGUGUUGAGUGUUUUAGUGCCAUAUUCGGUAACACAUUUUAAGACCAGCAGCACAGAUGGAUACCAUCCAGAGUUACAAAGAUACACAAAAGGUUUUUAGUUUUUGUUCUUUUUAUUUUGGGGGUGGAUGGGAGAGUGGAAUGGGGGCUGUGAGUUGAAGUUGUAAAUUUCUUUAGAGAUGUGAAUGAUAUUGAUGGAAAGUUUAUAUGGAAUUGAGUCAAGGUUAAAAAAGAGAAUUUAAAAUUUUCUCAUUUUAAAACGGAAGUUUACUUUGAACAGAUUUCAAGAGAAGAUGGUUUCUUUAUUAUGAAGGAAGAAAACAGUUUUUUCCUUUGAUUUUAUUUUUCCCUAAAUAUAUAUGUAAUUAAGAAUUUUAAUUUUAAACUUAAAAUGUUUUG